AUGGUAAUCCCUUCCGAGAUAAUCCACCGAAUCCUAUCUUACCUCUCAGCUCAUGAUCAAGGUACACUCACUUCGUGUGCAUUGGUCUCCAAACGAUUCGAUCAAAUCGCUACACCAUUUCUCUGGAGAUGGUUAAGACUCGAUCCAUUGCACAUGUCCAAUGAUGACGACAGCCCUACUCUCGAUAUCUCGACAUGGGGUCAACACCUUCAGGAUAUGGUUCAAGUCUUGGACAUAACAACCCAUGACGGAGACUGGUGCGGAUCUGCCAAAGUCACAAGUCUACAUCUACCUAAUCUGAAAACACUUCGAUUACACAUUGAUACGGGAGCGACUGGAUACAAAGAAAUUCAUGUCGAAAAAGAAGAAGAAGGACUGAAAUCGUCAUGCCGACUAAUCCAAGGUCUUAGACCAAAGAUUAUUGUACACAGAGGGAAAACAAAUCCCAAACCAAGUUUCUAUCUCGACCCCAAAUACUUCUGUCCGACGAUCUGGUCCGCAAUCGAUACCCUGGUGUAUCUCGUUCCACCUACUCAGUCUAGCACUCACUUUCUUCAGCAUAGGCGCAGGGACUUGAGUCGAGUGUUACCGAAACUCGAAAAGAUCUUUUGGAUAUUUGAUACUACCUCUAUGGACCCAGAUGCAGAAGGCAGACAGGGAAGUCUAUUUGGACCAGAAUUUCAAUUGAUCUCCGAUAUUUUAAUCAAUAACCCUCAAAUCAGAGUCACAAUUGUCAAUAUCGGUUGUACUCAAAUGCGGUUACCUCGCAGACGUCGAACGUCUUAUGAAGAUACGAUAGGUCACUACUCGCAGCUAUUCGACAACUUUUACUCGGAUGAAAUUGAAUACUCCUCUGUCGACAAUAAUUAUUAUGAUGAUACCCAAGAGUUGAAUUACCCCUAUUUGCUUACCAUCGAGGAGUUCAUGAAACAGGAAGAAUGGUACGAAUUCCUUGAGCCGCAAGAGUUCGAGGGAUGGAAAUGGAUGAAUGGAGAGAUUGAGGAAAGGAUACCCACAUGGGAGGAUUGA